AUGCACGCGUGGACGCGCGCGAGAGAAGCCGCGAACAUGCUCACGUCCACCCUCGUCCGCGUCUCGACCGUCGCGGCGGCGCGUCUCGGCGCGACGCGCGCGUCGAAUCCUUCGCACCGCGCGUCGAAUCCUUGGCGGCGGGAUCCGACGACGCGCGGCGCGUCUGAUGACGCGCUUCUUCUCCGCUGGGACGCGCUUCGAGCGGCGGCGACGACGCCGUCGCCGCCGUCGCGACGCCGCGCGCGCGACGCGGCGUCCUCUCGCGGCGUGGCCACCGCCGCGGCCGGCCGCGGCGGCGGCGGCGGCGGCGGCGGCGGCAGAGGCGGACGAGGCGGCAGAGGCGGCGGCAGAGGCGGAGGAGGCGCGGCGACGGCGCGACCGGGACGCAAGGGCGUCGGCCCGCCCGCGCGCCGCGGCGGGAAGAACAAGCCGUCCUCCUCGGCGCGGCAGAAGCAGCCGUCGGGGCGGAUGGUGCGAGAGAACCCGGAGGUGGCCGCGUUCGACGCGGACGUCGCCGCGCCUCCGAAGCGCGGAGGAGGCGACGCGGAGGAGAUGCGACCGAACCCGAUGGGCGCGCCGAUAUGCAUCGACUUCAACGACGACGACGACUUCAGAGACGAGUACGAGGACGAGGCGGUGGAGGCGGAGGAGGAGGAGGAGACGCGGUACGAGGACAUCACGCGCGUGGAGGUCGAGGGAGACGGCGACGGCGACGGCGACGGCGACGGCGGCGACUUUCUCUCCGCGCUCGACGCGCGCGGCGGGUCGUUCGAAGAGGACGACGAGACGCGAGGCGGCGAGUGGACCACGUUCGGCGCCGCGGGGGCCAGCUCCGAGGACGGCUCCGACUCGGAGUUCGACGACGACGACGAGCUGUACCUCACGGACGCGGACGACGCGCUGACGUUGUCCACGGCGCAGCAGGAGAAGGGCGCGAGCGUGAAGAGCGCGAAAUACCUGCAGACGUGCGUGCGCGUCCAGGACUGCCCUCCGCCGAAUUUCCCCGAGAUCGCGGUGAUCGGCCGCUCCAACGUCGGGAAGAGCUCGCUGGUGAACCUCCUCACCGGCCGCAAGGACGUCGCGAAGACGUCCAAGAACCCCGGGAAGACGCAGACGAUCAACCACUUCGAGAUGAUCACGGGGGACGGGAAGUGGUACCUCGUGGACUUGCCGGGGUACGGAUUCGCCAACGCGCCGGAGCGUUUACGGAAAAAGUGGGCGCUCUUCACGCGGGAGUACCUCCUGGAGCGCGAGAACUUGCUCGCGGUGAUGCUGCUCAUCGACAGCACGGUGGAGCCGCAGCGGUUAGAUCUCGAGUGCCUCGAGUUUUUGGGCGAGAACGACAUCCCGGUGAGCAUCGUCUUCACGAAGGUGGACAAGAAGAGGAAGGUCAAGAGCGGGAAACGCGCCAAGCCCGAGGAAAACGUCGAGGCGUUUUGUCGCGAGGUGUCCGAGUACUGGGAGGAGAUGCCGCCGAUGAUCUUCACGUCUUCGAAGACCGGGGACGGGAAGGCUGCGUUGCUGAAUCACGUCGCGACGUUGCGACAGUUCUUCAAGGAGGGCGAGGGACGCGGGAAGUAGGCUCGGAGUCUUUUUUUCUUCGAUGCGACGCGACGAGGCGUCGCGAGCGCUCGCGAUGAUAUUAAUUAAAUAUCUUC